AGAGGAUGCGACUCCUUCAUUCCACUAACAGUUCUCGGGGCAAAUUUAUAAAACGUGAAAAAAAUUUUUUUUUUUCUCUAACUAUAAGUAAAUUUUGAACGAAUGUAUUCUAGAAAUAAAUUAAUUUUCUCAAAAGAAUAUUUUUAAUUAAUAUUUGAAAAUUCGCGCGCGAAAUGAAAUUCAAAUGAAUUAAAAUCUUAGUUUUAACUUUUACUAAUUUUGUGAUAUUUAAUUAUCAGUAAGUUAAUAAAUGUCGAUUAAUAAAUCGACCGAUUUAAUUAGUUAAAAAAAAAUAUUUGGUGCGUACAAAUUGACGAAAAUAAGUGUUUUUGUGUUUUUUUUUAAAGAAUUUUUAGGAUUAAAUACAAUUUUUUUUUCUUUUUUUGUAAAGAUGACUCAACUGGAGAAUUUUGACAAUUUUAACAGUAAUGGCGAAAAAGUAUAUCCUGCGGAGGCGAAUGGCCAUGUCCUUGAACCACCUGUUCACAAAUUCAGACAGGCUUUGCCACAAUUUCUCGCAGUGGGUGCAAAAAACCUAUUACUUCUCACUUUUGGUACGUCAUUGGGAUUUUCGACUAUUUUAAUUCCAGUACUAAGAAAUAAUGAAGAUAUUAUCGAAGUCACCAAGGAGGAAUUAACAUGGAUAAGUAGUCUUAAUUUAUUUUUGGUACCAAUUGGUUGUCUUGUGAGUGGUCCAAUAUCACAAACUUUUGGAAGAAAAAGAACAAUGAUGAUGGCAACAAUUCCAUUUAUUUUAGCGUGGAUCUUGUUCUAUUAUGCAAAUAAUUCAACAAUGUUAUUUGUUUCAUUGGCAAUUACCGGCUUGACUGGUGGUCUUUUAGAAGCGCCAGUUAUGACAUACGUGGCUGAAAUAACACAACCAAAAUACAGAGGCAUGCUCUCAGCAACUUCAACAAUGUCUGUGAUUCUUGGCGUAUUCAUUCAAAUGCUCACUGGUAGUUUCGUCAGUUGGAGAACAACAGCCCUUAUUAACAUUCUUUAUCCUGUAUUGUGUUUCUGUGCUCUCUGUUUUGUUCCAGAAAGUCCUUACUGGUUGGCAAAUAAAGGACGAAUGGCUGAUGCAGAAAGUUCCCUGUGCUGGUUGAGGGGUUGGACGAAACCAGUUUUCGUAAAAGAAGAAUUCCAACAAAUUAGUGAAUUGGUGAAAUCGGUGAAAGCAAAUAUAAACAUAAAUUCUAAAUUAAAAGGCCUGCAGCAUUAUCAUAAUAAAAAUUUUUAUGUACCAUUUAUUUUGGUAGCAAUAACAUUUUUCGUUUCAACAUUUAAUGGAUCCAGUACACUUCAAACGUAUUCAGUGGAAAUUUUUGAAGGUUUACAUGCUCCAAUAGACAAAUACACUGCAACUGCGUUUCUUGGCUUAACAGAAUUCAUUGCCUGUGUUGUUUGCUCAUUUGUUAUUCACUUUACUGGCAAAAGGAAAUUAACGUUCUUCUCAGUAGGUGGAACAUUCUUUUGUUUUUUGUUUGCCGCCAUAUAUGGAUACUUGAUUAAAAAUAAUCAAAUAGAUACAUCUGAUUACACAUGGCUUCCAACGACCUUAAUGAUCGGUUCAGCAUUUUUCUCACACGUGGGUAUUAGACUUAUACCUUGGGUUUUAUCGGGCGAAGUCUUUUCAUCGCAGGUUCGAGGUACUGCCACUGGCAUUGCUGGAUCAUUGUUCUACAUUUUUGGUUUCAUUGCAAAUAAAAUAUACGAUUACAUGGUGGACACUUUGACUCUACCUGGGACCUUUUUAUGUAAUGCCUGUGUCAAUUUUGGCGGUGUCAUUGUUUUAUAUUUUAUUUUACCAGAAACGGAAGGAAGAACACUUAAAGAAAUUGAAGAACACUAUUCUGGAAUUCAAAAAUUGAAACACAGGCCAAAGAAGGAAAAAUUGGCAUCUAAAGAAAAAUGGGCUGCUACCAAUCCUACACCAAUAAAUGACGAUAUUGAGAGUAAAAUUUGAAGAAUCUUCUAGUUCUAAGAAAGGAAUGGAGAAAAACUGCCUUAUUAAUAAGAUGAUUUAAUCAUAAGUCUGACAUUCAUAAUUAGUAAUGUUUAAAAAAAAAAUCUAAAGCAUGAAAAAUUUAGAGAAAGUUUCAGAUAAUAUAUUAUAAAAGAGAUGUGCAGAAUGAGUGUGUAAAUUGUACAUAUAUUGAGUGAGAUUUACAUAUAUUUAACACUUGAAAUCUUGGAUAAAUUGAAUUUUUAUAAAUAGAAUAAUAUUUUUUAUAAAUAAUUCUUAUUCUGACGUCGGUUUCUUUACUUGAAACCUAACUGAUAAUAAUGCUUCAUAUUACAAUAAAUAAUUAUUAUGAUUCUCAUUAAUUUUCAAAAAUCGAAAUUUUUACAGAUAUAUAAUACUUUGAGAGAGGAUGAAAUAAGUCUUAUCUACAUUUCUUGUUACUUUAAGACCUCGCGAAAAAAAAUAAUAAAAAAAAGAUAAAUUGUAUAGAUUUAAUCAAAUAACGGAUGUUAUCGAAUUAUUGCAUAUUUUUGCCAUGAUUAUUGAUGUUAACGAUCAAUUAUAUUGUACAUACUAUACUAAAUUAGGAAAUGAUAAGAAAAAUUGUAUUUAUGCUAUUCUAACAUUUUUUGUAAG